UAGGCUGUUUGGGGCCCCAAGAUUUAUAACAGCAUCUCUAAACACACCACUGCACGCAGUUGACCCCAUAGCUCCCAGGCAUUAACAAACAUAAACAUCCAGUGUAACAGUUGGCACCUGCCAACACAUUGCACAAGACGAGACCAGAUACAAGAAUGUUUGCAAUCAAAUGCUGUUAACAGGGUUUAAUCAUUAGCUGGGUCUGUUGGGAGGAUUUGGAACAAGCUGUUCACGAUGAAGAGCUCCAGUGAGAGCAGCCAGGACCAUUCGCAUCAAGCCCCCAGCAAAGAAGACACGGGCGAAGUACUGACCAUUCAAGGUUUCCAAGGAUCCGGCCUCUACUGAAGAGCAGAAAAUGGGAUUCUCCACAAUCCUCGCUCUGUUGGUCUUCAUCACCAUCCACUUUAUCAUAUCAUGGUGGAGACAGCACAGACGAUACAGGUCACUGCCCCCCGGACCCACCCCGCUGCCCUUCCUUGGCACCCCGAUGUAUAUGGAUCCGCUAACUGCCGAUAAAGAUUACACCUUGCUCAGCCAAAAGUACGGCUCGAUAUUCACCCUCUGGAAACAGACGGAACCGGUGGUGGUCCUCUGCGGUUAUGAGACGGUGAAGGAUGCCCUGCUGAACCGCGCCGAGGAGUUUAGUGCCCGCCCAUUUCUACCCACCGUGCACAUCCCCACCAAAGGAUACGCUAUUAACGGCCCCCGGUGGCGUCCCUUGCGCCGAUUCACCAUCUCCUCUCUGAGGAACUUCUGGAUGGGGAAGAAGACCAUGGAAUCCCGGGUGCUUGAGGAGGCGACUUAUCUCACCCACGCGGUGUCUGAGACGGAAGGAAAACCAUUCAAUCCAUUUAUGAUUCUGUCCAGCGCUCUUGCAAAUAUUAUCAGUUCUGUGUUGUUUGGAGAACAUUUUGACUACAAAGACCCAAAGUUACAAGAUCUGAUAUCUCACACGGCCCGUCACAAUAGGAAUAUUACAUCCCGGAUGUAUGCAGUCUGCAAUGUCUUCCCAUUCCUCCUCAAACUACCAUUAGUACCAAAGGCUGUCUUUAAGGAAAACUUCUACCUGCAGAACUUUGUGCUGGAUUACAUUAAGGAGCACAAAUGCACCCUGAAGCCUGAGGCCCCCCGAGAUUUUAUUGAUUAUUUUUUGCUGAAGAUAAAAGAGUUUACAGAAUGCAAAGUUGAGCAUGAAGAAGACCCUGAUUUCUGUGACUUGAGUCUCCUGAAUAUUGUAGUGGGGCUACUGGGAGGAGGUUCUGAGUCUACUACUUCCACCUCAAAGUUCUGCCUGGUGGUUUUGGCUCACUAUCCGGAUGUCCAGGCAAAGGUCCAACAGGAGAUUGAUGAGGUGACGCAGUCACUGCGCCCACCAACGAUCGGAGACAGACCACAACUGCCAUACACCAAUGCCACUAUCCAUGAAAUACAGAGAGUUCUAGACCUGGCGCCAACAGCUUUCUUUCACGCCGUGACCAAGGACAUCCAGUUCCGUGGACACACAAUUCCAAAGGGCACCACCAUCAUCCCAUUCCUGACAUCGGUGCUUAAUGACCCCUCUCAAUGGGAGACGCCGGAACGGUUCAACCCCGGGCACUUCCUGGAUGAGGAGGGCAAGUUCCGCAAUCGGGUGGCCUUCAUGCCAUUCUCAGCCGGAAAGCGUGUUUGUCCCGGAGAGAAUUUGGUCCGAAUGGAGCUCUUCCUUCUCCUCUCUGCUCUGCUCCAGAAAUUCACCUUCAAGCUGCCCCCGGGAUCUGAGCGCCGGGACUCCAAAUGGCUGAAUGCUAAUAAACGUGACAUUACGUCUAAUGCCCAGCUGUGUGCUGUACCUCGAGCAUUACCCACCAAGUAAUCACAUGCCAAAACUUUGAUUUUCCGUAAAGCAUUUCUAAACCAAGGGUGAGGUAAAGGAUCUUUUAAGUGAUAAUUUGGGCAAAUAUAGAAUGAAAGGAGAUCUGGGGGCAGUAUAGGAUAGGCAGUAUACUGUAUAUACAUGUAGAUUCACAUUGUAAGGUUUAAAUCGGCUUUUAAAUUGAUCUUCCUUAAUCUCUAGAGGUCACAAGAGGUGACCUGCCACUUGAUGGCACCUACAUAGUUCUGACACCAGUGUCACUUGGUGGUGCCAACAAUAAACGCUGACACCAACAGUCCACUUGCUUGCCUGUAGGGGGAAUUCUUCCCAUUGACCACCAAUGUAAGGGGGCAUUCUUUUAACUGGACACUAAUGCACCUUUCUCAUUCCACACUUCUCCACUGACCACCAUUGUAAGGAGACCCCUUGUUCAACAACAAGGGGUACUUCUUAGUGACCUCCACUGUAAAAGGGCAUUUCUCUACUGUCCACCAAUGCCACGGGCACUUCUGCACCAACCACUAAUGUAAGGGGGGCACUUUUUCCAGUGAGCACCAGAGUAAGGGGGCAUUUCUUUUUUGACCACCAGUGUAAAGAGACUGUUUUUCUUUAUGUGCCAUUAUUAUUACUAGCACAUUUGUGUUUUAUUGUGAUAAUUUUAUGCAUUUUAAAUGCUUGAUAUUUCAUUUUUUUGCAACAACUGUGCUCAGUCUCGCCAUGGUGUAUGACCUGUGACAUGAAAAAUGUCUUCCACAAUCUCACUUUAGGAGCAGAGUUUGGCUGUUCCUCACCCAAUUUUAACCCCCCCUCCCCCUACACAGUUGUUUCAGUUAAUGACUGUGUUUCAACCUACAUAUAAAAAUGAUGAUUAUUGGCACCUGCUUGAUAUAAUUGGUUAAUCAUACAAAUGACUAUUCCUGCAAAAUCCUUGACUUUGUGCAACUAUACAACAUGUGCAAGUGUAAUGCCGCGUACACACGAUCAU